AUUUAAUGAAAGCUUUAAUAUUUGGUGGUUCUGGUGCCUUAGGCCGAUCAAUGGUUAAAGUAUUUAAAGGAUGGAAAGUGACAAGUGUUGAUUUCAACAAAAAUGAAGAUUGUGAGAAUAUUAUUAUAAAGAAUUCAAGUGAUAUGAAUUUUUUGAAAUCUGAAUUAAAUACAUUGGGUAUAGUUGUUUAAUUAAAGUUAUAGAGAAAUUUAAUUGCAUAGUAUGUGUUGCUGGUGGAUGGACAGGAGGUUCAAUAAAAGAUGAAAAUAUUCUUUAAGUAUAUGAAGAAAUGAAUCAAAAAAGCGUAGUACCAGCUUUAGUAUGUAGUCAUUUAGCUACAACAUAAUUAUCUAGAUAAGGAUUGUUAAUAUAUACAGGUGCUUAUUCAGUAUUUAAUGCUCCAACUCCAAGUAUGAUUGGAUAUGCUUUGGCUAAGACUGCUGUUCAUACUCUUGCAAUUUAAACAGCUGUAAGUACUCAUUUACCUGAAGAUUCUGCUGUAAUAACUAUAUUACCGUAUUUUAUUAAAUAACUAUUUUAGGGAAACUAUUGAUACUCCUGCUAAUCGAUAAGCUAUGCCAAAAGAAGAUUUUACUAAAUGGGCUAAUCCUGAUUAAAUUGCUGGAUUAGUAAGAUCAUGGGCUGAAGGUUUAAAUAGACCUAAAAAUGGAGCAUUUGUUCAUUUAAAAGUCAAAAAUGGUUCAAUUGCACCUGAUUUUCUUUGAUCAUUUUAUAAAUAUAAUAUCAGA